AGUUAAUAAAAAGCAUUUCCGUAGUGGGGUUUACAAACAAACCGACUCAUAGAAAUCUUUAGAAAAAUAAGCAUUGAGGAAAAUAAAUUCAGCUAAUAUAUAAAGUCAGUGACACCCUUUGGGGGUUCCCCUGCUUCUUGCCCGGCUACUCUCUCUCUCUCUCUCUCUCUCCCUUCUCUUCCUCCUCUGUUUUCUGUCUGUUUCUCUCCCUUUCUCCGUACGUGUCUAUCUCCUUAAUUUCUUUUGGAAGAAGUCGAUAAUGGCGGAUGAUCGUCAUAGUCAGCAGACCGCAGGAGUAGUGGUAUGCUGCAUGUGCGGCGAUGUGGGUUUCUCUGAGAAGCUCUUCCGCUGCAACAAAUGCCGCCACCGUUUCCAGCACUCGUACUGCAGCAACUACUACAACCACCAGCUGGCGGAGCCAGUUGAGCAGUGCGAUUGGUGCCAGAGCGAGGAGAUGCGGAAUGCGACGUCGUCGAGGAAAUCACAAGAGGCCGGCGGCGCCGGCAGUUCUAAUAAACGGUCCCAGUACUCCGGGUUGAAGAUCAAGCAGCAGCAGCAGCAGUUGGAUGACGAGAUCAGGGGACCGUCGUCGCCGGCGGCGGGGAGGAAUCACGGGGGACUGCCGUCUCCGAAGCCUUCAACUCGGAGGUACAAGCUACUCAAGGACGUCUUGUGUUAGGUGGCCUCCAGUACUCCAGAGAUGGUGGUGGAUUCGAUUGCGGUCGCCUUCUCGGUGGUCGGUUUGGUUUUUGGGUUUCUCUUGUUUUGGUGGUGCUGUGGGUUUAGCCUGGUGGACUAGGGUGUGGGAGGUGUUAAU